CUGGAUCCCCUCCAGAUGACGGAAUUGCAAUUUUCAACGGCAACCCGACAGCAUGCUGAAGAAAUUGAGAAGUUCAUGUUUACAGAGUUUCGUGUCAAUGAGCCGAUCACAGUCUCCCUGAAAGCCUCCGAAGAAGAGCUUUCCGAAUUCUUCCAUGACUUAUCAGAAUCAGGCUACUCUAAUGAGAAGUAUUCCACGAUUGUUCAUCAGGGUGACAGGUUAGUUGCUAUAUGCCUCUGCUCUGUGAACACCUACGACGAUAACAGCGAGCAUGACACUCCACAAAUCGACAACGAACCUCAUGACUAUGCCAAAGAAAUCGCUCAAGGACCAUACCGUGACCACAAGGCCAACCAAUUGGUAACGUUUGUGGGGGCACUGGAACAAAGGCAACGUGAACUGUUAGGAAAAUCUUGUAAAGUGAUGAAAAUCGACAUCAUAUGCGUUUCUACAGACGCCAAAGGGUGGGUUUGUACUAUCGUUUCAUAUAAGUAG